AUAAGUUUCUGGAGAAAAUUGGAGAAGAAAGAGAAACAAUAACGCGGAAGAAGACUUUGUAUUGAUCAAUAAAUUCUCACGUGUGAAAACAAUUCGAAGGAGACAAUGGCAAUUCGGUGAAUACGUUACUUGAUCAAGGGUGUUACGUCUUUUCUAGAAGACUUGCAUAAGGAGAAACCUCUACGACAAACUGUCUCUCAAUUUCCAUUUAAAGCCAAACCGAAGGUGCAAAGAGCAAAUCAAAACGACCAGAGAUGUGGCUGAUUUUAAGAGGCGAUUGCUUCAAUUUGAUGUCCAAAAGUUUGGUGAUAACUUUGAGAAGGGAAUGAUGAAAGCCCUCAAGGACAUCAGCAAGAACCAAAAGAAGAGCACAUCCACACGUGCACCUGUAGCUGAGUCAUCCUUGUUCAUCAGCAAGAAAUCCAAAGGUUUUUGAAGAAGAGCCACUGGACUAUCCACAUCAAAGACAACGACUUGACACUAGAAAACCCUUGGAUGAUGAUCCAGAUCCUAUCUUUGAUGAGGAGGACGAAUCUGGUCCAGUCUUUGAUGAGGAAGCAACAAGCAUCACCUCUAUCGUCAUGGAGAGCCAUCUUUGCUUUGAUCUCGGCACAACUCAUGCCAUUUUGCCUUCUGAACUUCAAGAGCACUGUAAGCAAUCUAAUUUGCUUAAUUCUCAGCCUGAUAUGUUUGUUAAGAUCAGUUCUCUUGAUGUGAUUCGUUUUGGUCUUGAAAAGGUGAAAGAUUUUUAUGUUUUAAAAUCUGUUUUUGAAAACAUGAUAAAUUCUUUUAAAGUGUUUAAACCUGAUGAACUUCUUGAUCAAAAAUGUUUUCAAAAUUGUAAUGGCAUCAAUUCUGGAAUUAUCUUGAGUUUUUAUCAGUUCUUAAAGCAUAGCAAAGGUUUUGAUCAUUUUGAAAAGUCUCUUGAGAAUUUGAAACAAACUGAUUUAUGUGCUAGAAAAUCUUUUGAUACGUUCGUUUUCAAAGGAAAUGGCUUCGAUCUGAGUUCUUAUAGACAUGCACUAAUCACUGGUGAUUUCUUUACAUCCUCUUUUGCCUUGGACGAAUUCUUAAUUAAAAGGUUGCUGGAACAGAAUUCACUUAGAACUAAAACUGAUUUUUGUGAUCUUGAUUUUUGUGAUUUUGUUUUGAAGCCUGAUAAAACUUGGCAUUUUCUGAGAUCAAUUUGUGGUAAUUGUGUUGUUUUGAGUUUUGAUGAUAUCUAGGUUUACAACAGUUUCUUUGACAAACAUCUUGAGCAUUUGAUAGAUGUUUCUCAAACUGAACUUACUCUUUUGUGUUCAGAUGUUGAGAAGGAUAUGCACGUUCUGAAAAUGACUAAUAUUGUUGCAUGUCUUGAUAAAAUUCUUGUUUGUAAUGUCUACUUUGAUGAGCAUCUUGAAAGGCUGAAAUGUGUGCUACUUGUUCUUGGAAAAGAGAUCUUGAUUUUUGAAUUGAACAAGUACUUGUCUGCCACAUAUGAUCCUUGUCUUUUAGUUUCUGUUUUGAGUGUCUAGGAAAAACAGGUUCAGCCUCAGAAAAGUGAAAGCAUUGACCGUUCCCAACAGCCUGAGAUUUGGAAAUGCAUUGUUGUCCAAACCCGCUACCUUGGAGAUGCCAGCAACCGGGAUUCAUACCAACGAGAAUAUCUCAACAUUCAUAAGGUCUUUUGUCGUGAAUCCAAUUUCCCUGGAAGGACAACUCCACAAGGAUUCACUGAGGCUUGGAAUCAGAUGAAAAUCUUGAUGGAGGAAAAAGUUAUGAAUUUUCCAAACCAGAGAUUCUCCAGUCCGUCUAUCUACGAGUACCAGACUACUAAAGGAGAUUCAGGCCCAAGAAAGAAGCGGCCUGAUCCAAAGCCGAUCAUAGGAUUCAAGAUGGAUCUCUCAGCUCUCCAGAAAGACCGAAAUCAGGAGAAUAGCCACGUAAUUAUGAAGUUAUGAUCCAUUCACCAAACUUGGCUAGACCAAAGGCAAAACAGCUUUCAUCACUUGGCUAAGAAACCGAAGGUAAAUCCAAAGCUUCUAAUUUUAUUUGUGCUGAUGAAUCUGUUGAUUGUCCUAGCAGGAAUCAGGUUACCAUUGACGUGCCCAUGGAGCUUGAGUGUUUUCUAUCUUUUUUUCAUUUUUAUGAAUUGAAAGAAAACCCAAAAGAGGCAGCAAAGUGUUCACCACAUGGAAAACCUUUGGAGCUGGCGAUCCUCAAUGAACCAAAGAUGAUUCCCCAGCCAACCUCCUGUCCAAACCAAAAGCACUGUAAGGAUCAUGGUUUGGUUGUAUCUGCUCAUCAUGAAAACGUUUUGAAUCCGAGAAUUUCUAAGCAAAAACACAUCUUUAAUUGGUUGAAAAACGUUUUGCUUAAACCUUUUCAUGAGUUGUUUUCAAUGAGCUGUGCUUUGAAAGAAAUUUGGUGUAGGAAAAAGCAUGAUCCAAACUUGCUUAGGCCAAUGAAUCAAUUUGAUUUCGUUCAUGAUGAAAAACUUUCAGAUUUGGCACUGUCUCAUUCUUUUCCUAACAGUUUCACACCUUGGCCUUAUUUUCAAAUUGAUAAACCAAUUUUUGGCGAUCAGUUUACUUGCUUGAUGCUUGCCCACGUGCUUGAUGAUUAUCCUAAGGGCUUGGAUCCUGAUUUUGAUGUCUUAAGGAUAGAGAAACCCUUUGAUUAUUUCUUUCGCAGAUUUGAUGUGGUUUCUCUAGUUGUUUUGAAUGAACAGGAUAAGCAUGAUCAGUUUCCAAGGAGAGCAAGCACUGGUGAACGUAUAAAGACUUGUGUUCGUGGAACAUGGAACCGGACAUACUUGAGGGAAACGAGUUCAAACCUCCAAGGAAGUUUCUUUCCAAACUUUUCAUUCACUGAAUUUUCCAUGAAUUUUAAAUCCUUUGUAUCUGAUAUAUUCCCUUUUGAUAUAGGUACAAUGGAUUUGAGAACAAAUCAUUUGGAAAAGGGAGCGAAUGAUGUGCCGCAGUCCACGGAUCAGUACAUGAAACCAGCUCAGCAUGGAGUUCAGGACAUUCUGAACAUUUCAUUCGAGGUUCAUGUUUUUCACCGUACCGGACAUACUGACCGUGCAGUGUACUGGACCGUCCCGCAUACGUCCGGAAAGGAGCUUUGGCUGGAACCAUGGCCGGAUGACCGACGAGCUUGUCUUUCCCGUCCAACUUCACAUUUUAAGACAUAUGUGAUAUAUUGCAUAUUUCCAUUGUCUUAUCCAUUCACCCAUGUGCAUUUUGAUCAUAUAGACUAGGAUUUAGUCACGUUUAGGUUGCAUUUUGCAUACAUGAGUCUUUAUCAGGUGUUGGAGUACCACAUGGAGUUCUUGGAGGCAUUUGGGUGCAUUUAGAGCUCAAAAGAAGUGUUUAAAGCGAUCAAUGGACGAGCAGCGUACCAGAGCGACCUCAUCGGAGCAACGCCGUGAAGUCGCUGUGACACACAUCCCGGAGCGACCAGGCCAGAGCGACAUGGAGAGGUCGCUCAUGUUUCUAUCGUGAGACACCCCUCACAGAGCGACUUGCCAGAGCGACGCUCCGAGGUCGCUCGCGUUUCCAUGGAGAGACGACACAAAACGAAGCCCAGAGCGACCUCUCAGAGCGACCCACUGAGGUCGCUCCCGAAGGCUGGAGCGAUUUGUCGGAGCGACAUACCGAGGUCGCUCUGCGUCUAUUUGCCUGUCGAACUCAUGUUUUCUAAGGGCCUUUUGGUCAUUUCAUUAUGCACGUUUUUACUUUUCUAAACCUAUGUUUUAAGGAUUUUUUUUGGUAGCCACCAAAGGGGUUAUCUUUUGUUCUGAAGAAAGAACCUUUGGAAAGUUCA